AGAUUCGAUUAAAAUAUUCGACCGUUUAAAAGGCUGCAGAUUUCAGAAAUGAUCACAUUGCAAACAGCCUUGAAGCCAACAGGUGAUUUCUUGGAAGUGGUCAUUGUUUUUGUUGCUAAUGCUCAAAUCCACAAAUAACUUAAGAAAACAUCACUAACAAUGGCAGAAGUUUCCCUGAGAGAACCAAAUGCUGCUCAAGAAAAGACUUUUGUCAGUGUGUUUCAUGAGCUUUGUACAAAAUUUGACUUUGGAGUAGACAUGUAUAACUUGGUGGCUGAGCAAGGUGAACCCCACAGUAGAACUUUCUUGAUGAAUUUGACUGUAGACAUGUUGGGCAUUACAGUUGAAGGCAUUGGCUUAACCAAGAUGCAAGCAAAGCAUGAUGCUGCCUAUAAAAUGAUGUUUCAAAUCAGGGAGACUUAUCGAGCCGGUGAAACUCUCAACAAUGUCCCCAGAGUAAAACUCGUGAACUGCUGUGAAUGGCUGGAAAAAUGUGGAACACUAAAGGAAGACAUACCCAAACCACCAACAGAACCAACUCUAAAUCCAUCUGGGGUUCUCACAGAAUGGUGUUUGACCAGACACAGCAGUCUUCCUGAUUACAGGGUUGUUCGAACUUCAGGUCCUUCUCACUCCAAAACAUAUUUUAUGACUUGCAAGCUUGGAGAUCGUGUCACUGAAGGUGAGGGAAAGUCAAAGAAGGCUGCCAAAAAUAUUGCUGCCGGAAAAAUGCUCCAGAUACUUGAAGACGAAGAGUUGUAAUAGCUAUUCCGAGAAACGAGAUUUCAUAAUUGCGCGUUGGAUAUGGAAAACGAUGAACUUGUAAAAAUUUGUCCCGUUCAGUUCUUGUUGGGCCUACACAUUUUCGCUGUAGUAAAGGUAAAGCAACAUUCAUGUUGAUUGUUUAAAUUGAAAUAUGGACUCGUGGCCUUUGUAAUUUUGUUGUACGUAUGUAAAAUAUUAACGGUGGGUGCUUACCAUUC